ACCGUGUAAUGCAACACUGCUGUUUCAAGGAGAGAGCCCGGAUACAAGGAGAUACUCAGCAUCUCCUCUGACUAUAACGACACGAAGCGUCCGUCAUCUACGUGUUAAAGUCUAUGAUUUCUCUUCAGGGCUUGUUGUUUUAACACUGUUCUCUAGUGCCGUUUCUUAUCACCAAAAACAACUCACCGCCACUGCCAGGAAUAAUUCUACAUGGGAUUUCUACAUGGGAUGGAAAUACCUGGGAUGUAAAAUCAAGGACCGCUAAGAUGAUGCGGUUUAUACUGGAUUGCCUAAGGCCGACAAGGCAACGGGCUGGCGAAAGGGACAUCUCCCUGGAAAAGGUGGCCCAGGAGAAGGAUGAGACCUCCAAUCAGCAAAACGAUGAAAUCCAGGAGCUUCAGGAGGAAAUGACUCGGGAGGAGGUUGGCCUGAAAGAGGAGCAGGUGCAGUGCCAUGAGGCACAUGAGGCCCUGGAAAAGCUGGCAGAGCAAAGGGCAGAGCUGAAGAUACAGAUCGAGUCGAUCCAACAGCGACGCAAAGAAGAGAGACAGCUGCUACUUUCCUUGCAGGAGGAGCAGGAGGAGCUGGAGCACAGCGUGCACGAGUACGAGGAGGAGUUCUCCCGGGCACAGGAGGAGCUGCAUCGCCUGCAGGAGGACAUCACCCAGGCAGAGCGGAAGGUGGAGGGCGCUAGGGUCUGCAUCAGCCCCCUGCAGAACUCUAUCAGCCAAUCGUAUGCUGAGAUUUCACGGGUUGGUGUGUCUUUGGCUCAACAAAGACUUGGUGAGCUGAUAGCUGAGCUGAUUGCUGUGGAGGGACCCGUUACCAUAGGCGUCAGCCACCAGCAGGGAGAAGAAUCACACACAGAGGACUGCACUGAGGGGGAGCAGGAGGAGGAGGAGGAGGAGGAGGAGCAGGAGGAGGAGGGGGAGCAAGAGGAGCUGAGCGAACAGGACCUGCAGCUGUACAUAGCAGAUGAUGAGGAGCCGUGUGGCGAGAGCAACAGGGAAGAAGAGCCUGAUAGGCCCAAUCCUGCAGACAACUUGAAGAGCAGUGGAUCUUCUUCCUUCACUGAAAUCACACUCACUGAGGUGAAAGAGGAAGAAGGGUCCUCACCUCGGUCCAUCACACCACAGCAGAUUGACUCUCCUGACUUAGAGGAGGAAGAAGAAGAGGUAUUAACCGUGCAAUCCCUCAUGACCCAGACUAGCAGUCACACAACAAUUGGGCCGUUUGACUUUUAUCAUCCAGACCCCUUCACAGACAAUGACUUGUUCAGAGAUGACUUAUUUCCAAAAGUGGAGGUUGCUGAUUCCACCGAAGGAUUUUUCAGUGACCCCUUCAAAGGCACUGACCCCUUUGCAUCCGAUUAUCUCUUCGGCCACUUUGAAGAAGAACAGAACCUACCAAUUGACCAUCUCACAGAUAGAGAACAUGAGCCUAAGCCUGAACCUGAACUUUGUGUUCCUGAAUGUACUACCAAUAUGGAUAGAGAGUAUUCUGAUGCUGGAUAUAAUACCUCCAAUGGGAUGGAGCUUCAUGCUGAGGAGGAGUUUGACAGCAUUGCCCUAAACCCCAGUUCUGAUGGGCUUGAAACCAGGGGAGAAUGUGAUGGCUUUGAAAUUAGUGUGCCCGCCUGCUCUGAAUCUAGUCACACAAAUUAUCCGCCAGGUGAUCUAGCUGAUCAGAACUCUUACUUUACACGUCCCGAGUCCAAUUAUGCCGAGAACCCUGGCCCUCUUGAGCUAAGGGAUCCUAACCCUUUAAGUGUUGACCUCUCUGAUGAGGGGUGGGAAUCUGAGGGUCUGGAAUCUAACGAUUCUUGCCCCCUGAAUGUUGAUGGUGAUGAUGUGGGACAGCGCAAACCCAUGGAGUGUGCCCUCUCGAGCCCAAGAGCCAGUGAAGUCGAUCGGUGUGACCCUGAAGGCUCUGAGCGCAGUGGCUCUCCUCUAACAGACGUGGUGAAGUGCAGCUUAGCAGAGUCCAAACGUCAGGUUCGCAGACACUUUAGCUGUGAAGCAAAUAUGGCACUAAGCAUUGAGACUCCAGAUGCUACACCAGGGUGUCCUGAGCCCUUUUGCCCAGUAGGAAAUGACAGGAAUGGGUGGCAGUUUGAAGACUCUGAGGUCUGUGAUGAAAACCAUUUUAGUGUGGAAUCCAGUCAGAGAAUGAGGGGUUCAGUCGUUGCUCCAAAAUUUAGUGAUCAAGAAAUGAUCAGUCGUAACCUCAACAACAGCAGAAAUUGUGAUGGUUGUGUCUUUGAGCUUUGUCAUCACUACCCCACUGAUACUGAUACAGUGGACAUGUUGAGAACUAGCAGGGAGGGCACAGAAUUCAGGGACUGUGUCUCUAUAAAUUCUCAAGAAAACAAAACAGGAAACUGCAAUUCUGAAGAUUAUGAACUUGUGGAACAUGAUCCCUUCUGUCCAAUCAAUGAUGACAAAUAUGACACUGAUGGAGCUAGAAUAUAUAAUCAUAACCAUUAUAGUCCUGAUCACACUAGUUCAGGCAAGCAGGAAAACACUGAAACUCAGUAUCGGUAUCCUGACCCAUUCAGUCCUGAACAAAACGAUGACGUCCACUUUAACUUCAGUGGGUCGGAGGAUAUGGAACACAAUAUUUUAGUUCCCGUCUCUAUGAGUAUCACAAGUUGUGAUGCAGGGAGCUUUGAUUUAAAGACAGGUGACCCUUUUAGUCCUGACCCAGUUCACCCAAUAAGUAUUAAUGCUAACGGUCAACAGGUAACAAAUCUAGAUCCAUGUCAUCUUGAUCCUAAUAAUAUUUUCAGUUGUGAUUCAACAGGUUCAAAACAUGCAGAUUGUGAAUUGUUUAGCUCAGAACCCAAUGACAGACCUAGUUGUGCCUCUAAUGGCUGUGAGCUAAUGGACCCAGAAGCCCCCAGUUACCAAUACAGUGUUGAUUGUCCCAAAUCAGCCCAAAAUAAUUGUCAUAUUCCAGACUUCAAUAAUAUAACAGAUUGUGGCAACUUUAAUAGUGAAUCCGGGGAUAUUGUCUCCCAUAACUUAGAACCCAAAGAUAAGCUUAUUAUUAACCCUGAACCAUCCGAAUUUAGAUGCCUGAACUCGCUCAGUCCUGAACCUAACUCAGACUCUGAUGUCUGCCACCUGAGAGGAUAUGAUAGUGGUUGUUAUGACACUAGCAAGACAGUAAGAUGUGACUUGCGGCCACCAGAACUGAUGCAGUUUGAUCCCUUCAGCCCUGAGCCCAGUGACGCCGAGAUGUGUGACGUUGGCAGUGAAGGCAACCAUUGUUCUCAAUCUGCAUUCUUUGAAACAGCAUCUAACGGGCCAAGCCAAUUCAGUUCCUGGGGCUUAGAGCCCAGCAUGUUCAGUUCUGAACUAGUUGAAAGAUGUGAAUACACACCCACUGGAACUAGCUCUGACGACUCCGUAAAAGGUCACCCUUUUGAUUCAGAGUCCAGUGAAACUGCUGGUUGGAGCCUCUCAGAAUCUGAAACGAGUAGGCCGACAGAUCAAAACCCAGAAUAUGCCAGAGAGAAAACGAGCACCUGCUCUGACUUCUCUGAGCAAGAUGGCUGCUGUUCAGAGUUGAACAAAGUGGCACGUUCGAGUCGCCACAGUUCUGUGCCUGACAGCAUUGCCGAAAUGUUAUUCGGCCCUGAACUGAGCGCAGCCAGGUUUUAUCCCUGGGACUUUGAAAAUAGCAACACAAUUGUAUGUGACAACCAUAGUCCAGAGGAUAGUCCUGACACCCUCAGAUGUGAGUUCGGAUUAGUUUCAGGUUAUGACAUCAACAGCAGUGUUGCAGUUAACUCCGGAGCCUCUGAAGUUCCCAACCUAAGAUAGGUGAGUUGCAUUGGUGACAACGUGACGAUGCUGGGUGUUGAAGGAAAACUUUGGGCCCAAUUUAUUUAUUUUUUAUCCAAAAUUUACUAGGGACACUUAAAGUUCGAAAUCGAUACAGUAUUGAGUUAGAACACUAAAACCAGCAACAGCAAAACAGCUAUACAAUGGAAUUCUAUGAUGCAAGCAUCUGUGUCAAAGUAAACGGCUAGUUCUCGCCACUGACAGGCCCAUAAAUAUUAUUAUAAGUGUCUGACAACAUGGAAAGGAUGUCCCUACAGAGAUGUGUCUGCCUCUGUAAAUGUAAAAAAAAAAAAAAAAACUGUAGAAAAGGACUCUUGGUACCAGUCAGUAUUGACAGUACUGACCCAUUUUGAUUGUUAAGUGUCCUUGGUAAAAAUUUGGACACAAAAAGAUCUAAUAAAAUAGGACCCAGGUUCAAACAUCACAAAGUUUUCCUUAAAAUGCCGUAAGUUAUGUUUGACUGGAGGAUCCUGAACCAGACAGCACUUAUACCAACCUUUGUUCCUGAUUAACUCUAUUAACCUUUAAAUGGAAUAGUUAAUAAUAUUGUGAAAGCAACAGUGUAGUUCAUUCCAUAGGAGCAGCAAUAGCAGGUUUCAUAGCUGUAGCAGUGAUUGUUUUACCUUAUCUGCUUAUCUUUAUUUGGCCUAAACGAUUGUGUAGUGGAAUUACUAAGGGAAAUAAUUAUCUGUGUCAUGCUCAUUGUUUUGCUCAUUCCUGUCCACAGUAGCCACUCUGUUAAUAAUGUACAUUUUGUUUAAUUGUACAUACUCCACACAUUAAUACAUGUAUGGAUUGGUAAUGUAAUGUAAGUAAAUAAUAAUAAUAAUAAUCGUUUUUACCAUCAAGACUAACCUGGUUGUACACUAAAUAAAUUAUGUUUCAUUCGA